ACUUCUUUCAUAGAGUAACCAGCUAGAACAUCAUUCAAAAGCCUUAAAAAGAGAGAGAGAGAGAGAGAGAAGAGCAUGUCACCUGUUCACCUUCUCCUACUCUUUACGGCGGUGGCAGCAGCGGUCCCCGGAGAGAUUCUCCGGCCAAGAUUCUACAGAGAGACAUGCCCGGAAGCCGAAUUCAUCGUCAGAAGAGAGAUGAGAAAAGCCAUGCUUAAGGAACCCAGAAGCGUAGCCUCCGUCAUGCGUUUCCAGUUCCACGACUGCUUUGUUAAUGGAUGCGAUGCCUCUCUGUUGCUCGACGACACACCAAACAUGGUGGGGGAGAAACUGUCUCUUUCCAACAUUAACUCUCUUAGAUCCUUUGAAGUGGUUGACGACAUUAAAGAAGCAAUCGAGAAGGCUUGUCCCGCCACUGUCUCUUGUGCCGACAUCGUCAUCAUGGCCGCUCGUGACGCCGUCGCCCUUACAGGAGGACCGGACUGGGAAGUGAAGCUCGGCAGAAAAGACAGUCUAACCGCCAGCCAGAAAGAUUCGGACGACAUAAUGCCGAGUCCCAGAGCCAAUGCAACGUCCCUGGUGGAUCUCUUCCGACGAUUCAACCUCUCUGCCAAAGACAUGGUGGCUCUUUCCGGGUCACACUCCAUUGGUGAGGGCCGGUGUUUCUCGAUCAUGUUCAGGCUAUACAACCAAUCUGGCUCGGGCAAACCCGACCCUGCACUUGAACCCAGCUUCAGGGAGAAGCUCAACAAGCUGUGCCCAUUGGGUGGCGACGAGAACGUGACAGGCGAUCUUGAUGCCACGCCUCGAGUUUUUGACAACCAAUACUUCAAAGACUUGGUUUCGGGAAGAGGGUUUCUGAAUUCCGACCAGACACUUUACACUUCGCCAGAGACGAGGGGGUAUGUGGAGAUGUUCAGUGAGGAUCAAGAAGAGUUCUUCAGAGCUUUCGUGGAAGGGAUGGUGAAGAUGGGUGACUUACAGUCUGGGAGACCAGGAGAGAUUAGGUUCAAUUGCAGGGUUGUUAAUCGAAAGCCUCUUAAUGUACUGCUCGAGUCUUGAACAGAGAGAUACAUCUCUCUUCUAUACUUGCAGCUCUUAGCGCUUAAAUUUAUGAUUUUUAUUUUACCAUCACCUGGAAUGUAUCCACUCCAGCCUGAUAAGAUAAGAAGAGAUAUAAUAAAUUACAAUAUUGCUGUUGAA